CGCAUGUUGGCACUUGGCAGUGGCCGGUUGAGAGGAAUAAGUAUUUAGUGAUAUUUUUUCCCGUAACCUAAAAUCACAAAAUGGAAUUAAACGAAAGGAUUUUACAUUACUUAGAGAAGAGUGAUAAAGUGGACACUCUAAAGUUAGCUAGUGAGUUUGGCGAGGAUCAUCAGAAAAUAGUUGGUGCAGUAAAAAGUUUGGAAGCCUUAGAGAUGGUGAUUUCGGAGGCAGCUAAGAGUACAAAGUGGGAGCUGACUGAGGAAGGGAAAUUAGUUGCUGAUAAAGGCAGCCACGAGGCAGUUUUAUACAAAAGCGUGCCUGAAAAUGGCAUAUCACAAGCAGAGUUAAUGAAGACAUCACCAAAUGCAAAAGUUGGCUUCAGUAAAGCUAUGUCAUCAGGCUGGAUUGUAAUAGAUAAAUCUGGAGGUGCCCCAAUUGUGAAACGUAAAGUUGACUCUAUCACAGACAUAGUGCAAGACCACCUGAACGAAGUGAAGAAAGGCCUAGACACACUACCUGACAAUGUUCGGAAUGAUUACAAAAAGCGCAAACUGCUCCAAGAGAUCACCAUUAAAAGCUUCCUGCUCUCCAAAGGCCCACAGUUUGCCACAAGUAUUAAAAAGUUAGAAACAGAUUUAACUAGUGAAAUGCUUUUGACUGGAUCUUGGAAGACUUUAGAAUUCAAACCUUACAAUUUUGAUGCCCUUGGUCAACCGCCAGAAUGUGGCCACCUCCAUCCCCUCCUCAAAGUGCGUUCAGAGUUCCGCGAAAUCUUCCUCGAGAUGGGUUUUUCCGAGAUGCCGACCAACAAGUACGUAGAGAGUUCGUUCUGGAACUUCGACGCACUGUUCCAGCCGCAGCAGCACCCUGCUCGGGAUGCACACGACACCUUCUUCGUGUCUUCACCGGCGACGUGCAAUCAGUUCCCUAUGGAGUACUUGGAAAAGGUUAAGAAGGUGCACAGUGAGGGAGGCUAUGGGUCCCAGGGCUACCGUUACGACUGGAAGAUAGAGGAGGCACAGAAGAAUCUACUGCGAACCCAUACUACUGCCGUGAGCGCGCGGAUGCUGUACCAUCUAGCACAGCAAAAAGAGUUCACACCGCAGAAGUACUUCAGUAUUGAUAAGGUGUUCCGCAAUGAGACUCUGGACGCGACACACUUAGCAGAGUUCCACCAGGUGGAGGGUGUGAUCGCAGCGCGCGGGCUUGGACUGGCCGACCUGAUCGCCGUGCUCGACGCCUUCUUCCAGCGCCUCGGCUUCAACCGCCUGCAGUUCAAGCCGGCCUACAACCCUUACACAGAGCCUAGCAUGGAGAUCUUUGCGUUCCAUGAGGGUCUCGGCAAAUGGAUCGAGAUAGGCAACUCUGGAGUUUUCCGUCCCGAGAUGCUUCUGCCCAUGGGAUUGCCUGAAGACGUGAACGUGAUCGCGUGGGGACUGUCCCUGGAGCGCCCCACCAUGAUCAAGUACGGGCUCAACAACAUCCGCGACCUGGUCGGCCCGCGCGUCGACCUGCAGAUGGUCCAGAACAACCCGAUAUGCAGGCUUGAUAAGUGAUUUGUUUGAUGCAUUAAAUUAUUUAAAUUAAAAUGUG